AUGUCCCCCGCGGUGCAGGGGAAGCCGAAUCCCUCGACAGUCAUCUGCAAAAUCCUCACUCCAAGAUCCGCCGGCUCUUAUAUUGUUCCGGCUCCCUCUGGUUGCACUGGGGUGGACCAACUUACGUUGUCGUUUCGAGGGGAAGUCUAUGUUUUCGACUCCGUUUCUCCGGAAAAGAAGAUGAAAUUUAGGGUUCUACUGUUGGAUUUGUCGAUCAUUGCACAUGUCGAAACGCUACAGAGGUUGCCGGAAUCGUCGGGUUCGGGAAAUCACUGGAAUUGGCGACAACGGGUUACCAGUCAAAACCAGCUCCCAAUCAAUCAGAGGAAACUAGACAGAGAGCAUCUAUCAAUGGCCACCAAUCCUUCGCAGCUUCUUCCUUCAGCGAUAACCAUCCGCCAAAGGAAUCCAGAAAUUGCAAGGGUUUCCAAUGAUGGAGCACGGUCACAACUGUUGAAGAUGGCGGCAGAAAAAGGAUAUGGGGGAGGUGGCAGCAACAGUGGUGGAAAAGGUGUCCCUCUUCCAAAAUCCAAUUUGGAUUACAAAUAG